CACUCACUUUUGGCUGCAGUACUAUUAAGAUCUCCCUGGAUUCACUCCAAUCUGACACACACAAACCCAGAAAAAUGUCUGGUGAUGUUUCCUACUCCACUGUGGACUUUUCUCAAAAGAACCAAGGCAAACGAGCAGCUGAUAAAUCCAGCACAGACUUCUCUUUGUUAUCAUCACAAACAGGAAAGGAAGAUGAUGUCACCUACGCUACAGUGAAGUUUGGAGACGCUCCGAGCCGCCAGCAACAGCAAGCAGCCUCCAGCAGCACAGCGGAUGAGAUCUCUGAGAAGUCACCAACUGGGAACAACUAUCAACUGCCUGUCUAUAGAAAUGGUGGAAACCCCACUGCUGGUAAAGCUCCUCCAUACAGAUGGGCUGCAUUGGUCCUGGCAGGGCUAUGUGCUCUCUCAGUGGCUGCCAUUAUAUUCCUCUCAGUCUACAUUUCUAACUUGACCAUGGAGCGAAAACAAAUCCAAUAUCGGCAUUCAGAACUGGAGAAGAACUACAGCAACAUCUCAGAGAAAUACUCAGCACUGGACCAGUACUGUCCCGUCACAGACACCUCUUCCAAGGAGCGGGUUUGUAAAGCCUGUCAGGUGAACUGGGUGCUGUUCAAUGGCAAGUGUUACUACUUCUCCACUGAUAGAAUGAACUGGACCUCCAGCCGUGAUAACUGCACAUCACUGGGGGGGCACCUGGUGAUUAUAGAGAGCGAGGCAGAGCAGGAGUUCAUACAGAGCCAGGUGAGACGAAUCAGAGAUUUCUUUUGGAUUGGACUCUCUGAUGAGGUCACAGAAGGAGAGUUUCUCUGGGUGGACAACACACCUCCAAGCACAACAUACUGGAAAGUCAAUGAACCAGACAACACACUGAUUUUUGAAGGUAACCAGCAUCCUAAUGCAGACUGUGCUGUCAUCGAUUACAAAGUAGCUCCUCUGCAGAGCUGGGGUGAUACACAGUGCUCUGUGCUAGUCAGAAGGGUUUGUGAAACUAUCUCAGCGAUCCCCGCUGGUUAAAUAUUCUCUACACCUGGUUACCCUCGUGCUGCAGACAGGCUGCCACUGAAAUACAAACAGACUCACACACUCACAGCCCUGCUUUUAGCAGCUCAGCAAACAGGACUGAAAACACCCUGAUUCAGAAUAUCAUACUUACAGUGCAGAACCCGCCAUGGCUAUCAAUACACAAUCAGAGCUACAGGAUCAGAGUCAUGAAAGAGAAAGAAAGCAGAUCACCAUGACCUUCAUCCACCGAAUACACAGGGACUAAUGGAACUGAGGCAUAUGAAGAGAAACAGCAACUCCACACACCCCCAGAUUGUGAUCAUCUCAAUAACUUGUGCUAAAGAAUGUCCUGACCAAGUUUCAUUACUGUUAGAGGAGUUGUUCCCACAAUCCUGUUCACAUACAGUAUAAUUCCCUGGUGUGUGUUUACUACACUGUUCCACACACACACACUCGGGUCUCAUACUCUGAACUUUACAUUUUAAUACAGAGCUAACCAAUGCUUUCCAAUCCCUCUUCUUACUUUGUAUUAGCUUUAUUAAAAACUUACAAACAUAUAUAUGCAUAUUUUCUGGCUUUAAUGCUUGAGACCGGAGUGAUCUGGUAUAAGCUCUCUCUCUUUGUAACUGCCAUCAACAUUGCUGUGUUUUAUAUAAUAAUAAAGU